GCCAAAGAUGGUGACGCUGGUCAUGAGAGUGACGCCGGUGAGAGUGAAGCCGGUGAGUCUCAAGCCUCUGCAGAACAUGUGGCUGAUGAGGGUGGGGCUGUUGAGCCUGUUGAGCCUGAAGCUUGUGAAGCUCAGGUUGCUGAACGCGCAGCCACUGAUGGUGAUAUGGGUGAAGACGGUGAAGACAGUGACAGCAAUGCUUCGGCUUUGCAGCUCCCAGGCUUAGGCGGGAGUGAGCCUGAUGCGCCAGCUGACAAUGGCGAGACUGCGCCUGAUGCGCCAGCUGACAAUGUCAAGCUGGCGUUGGUUCAGGACCUUGACGCUGAGGAAUCCGAGAGUGACGCUGAGAUGCCUCCGCUUGGCUCUGCCGACCCCGGUGUUUUGGACGCGUGUGCCAACACGCCAAAGUCCACUUACAACGAGGAGUUGUUUCAGUCGCCACAAGCUGGCAACAGUAGCUUUUCAGAAGUCAUGGAAAC